AUGCAAGACCUUCUUCUCAAUCACACUCCUCUGCCUGAAACAGCUUCGCCACAUAUGCUGUCGCCCACUGUUAUUGCAGCAGUGCACUCCAAGGUCGAAGACCUCGCUUACCUCGAAACUCUUUCUCGCGAGAAUGUCGACAUGAAGACGCACUUCGCAGAUCUUUUUCCAGAUGACAUUCCACAUAUCGACGAACUCCCAACUGAUGUGUACUAUCACUUCCGUCUCAAGGACCCUAACCUUGUAAUAGCUUGA